UGCCAAGGGUUUGGUGUAACCGUGUAAGAAUAAAACGACAAAGCGAAAUUUUCUCGAGAAAGUAAGGAAAAUUUUCUUGAGAAUCGGAAAUCCAGACUAUUUCUACAGAAAAAUAUCUGUUUUGUCCAUUUUGUUCUAGAUAUCCAAACGUUAUACAACUGACCCUGCAAAAACGAUGUCGUCGCCAGACAUUACCGGAAUCCUCGAAACCUCGAAGGAUCUGGAUCGAUUGAGGAGAGAGCAAGACGAGAUACUCCAGGAGAUAAACAAGUUGCAUAAAAAGCUUCAAUCUGGAAGAGAAAAGAGUGGAAUUAAGAUGGCUGGAGCUCCUGAGAUGGUUGAGAAGCCUACAGAUAGUUCACUAUCAAAGCUUAGGGCUUUAUAUUAUCAGGCCAGGGAUCUUUCAGAGAAUGAAGUGAGUGUUUCCAAUCAGUUGUUAGCUCAGCUGGAUGCUCUGCUGCCUUCUGUACCUGCUCCUGGGCAACAACGAAGAAGGAUAGAUGGUAGCGAGCAGAAAAAGAAACGGAUGAAGACUGAUUCAGAUAUCUCUCGGCCUUCUCCAUCCAUUCGAAACCAACUUGAGGUUGCUGCUAGUCUAAAGGGUGAACAGGUAGCUGCUCGGGUCACUCCAGAUGAUGCUGACAAGGAUGAAUGGUUUGUUGUAAAAGUAAUACAUUUUGAUCGGGACGCAAGAGAAUUUGAAGUACUUGAUGAGGAACCUGGUGAUGAUGAAGAGAGUAGUGGCCAAAGGAAGUAUAAGCUGCCUAUGUCGCAUAUUAUACCUUUUCCCAAGCGAAAUGACACUAACGGUGUCCCAGAUUUCCCUAAUGGAAGGCAAGUUUUGGCAGUCUAUCCAGGGACAACUGCACUUUAUAAAGCAACUGUUGUCAAUCCCCAUCGUAAGAGGAAGACCGAUGAUUAUGUGCUGGAAUUCGAUGAUGACGAGGAAGAUGGAUCUUUACCCCAAAGGGUAGUGCCCUUCCACAAGGUGGUUGCCCUGCCGGAGGGACAUCGCCAGUGAAUUUUUUUUUUUAGUGUUCAUAAAUGUGAAAUUGGUGUGCAGUGCUGUGAAAACCACUCCUUCAAGGCCCCCUAUGUUUUUCUUUUUAAACCCUAUGAUGUAUAGUGUUUCUAACCCCUUUUUUUCUCUUGCUAAACUACUGGACUUCCUUUCCAUGUUGAUUGAUUGGAGUUAAUACC